CCAACCACAGCGCGAUUUUUGGGCCGUAAAGUGUGACGAUCAAGUCCGAACCGGUGAUCUAAAAUGUGCACAUCAUGAAUUUGAAGCGGUUUCGCAAUUGUUGAUCAUGCCACGAAUUACCAAGACAGCCGCAUUGUUUUGUCAAGUCCCAAGCGGAGUUCUUGUAAGAUGGAAUGCCAGCAUUUUUAAGCACACACAGAUUGACCGUGCUUCACAUAGCUGUUCUAUACUUUCCUUUUUUUUUUUUUUUUACUUAUCCUCACUCUGGUUGGAUGAGCUGACACCUAUCUGUCAGUUACAAUGUCAGUCCCUGCUUUACUUAUCCUCUAUGGGAGCCAGACCGGGACAGCCAAGGACACAGCUCAGAGGAUUGCGAGGCAGGCGUUAAGAAGGCAUCUGCAAAUGCGUUUGUCAGCACUUGAUGACUACAAUGUUGGUAACUUGAUCUCGGAGUCACUGGUUGUUUUUGUCUGCUCAACCACCGGCCAAGGAGAGCCUCCUGACAACAUGAAGAAUUUCUGGAGGUUUCUCUUCAGAAAAUCUUUACCUGUUGGAUCUCUGUGUCAGCUGGAUUGUGCUGUACUGGGCCUUGGGGACUCCUCUUACCCAAAGUUCAAUUUUGUGGCCAAGAAGCUUCACAAGCGUCUUAUACAGUUGGGUGCCUCUCUGCUGCUGCCUGUCGGACUAGCUGAUGACCAGCAUGACCUGGGGCCUGAUGCUGUGAUUGAUCCAUGGCUUAAAUCAUUUUGGGAAAAAGUGUUUGCUCUGUAUCUAGGUUUUUCGGAUAUGGUCCCACUGAGGGAAGAUGAGCCGCUUCCACCAACUUACACUUUUAACUUCCUGGAUGGUACAAAUGAGAAGACUGAUGACUGUCAAAUAAUUCCGACACAACAAGGUGGCCUCUCUCAGUCGGAACCUUUUUAUGCCAAACUGCUGUCCAAUGAGAGAGUAACUCACCCAAACCAUUUUCAAGAUGUGAGGCACAUUGAGUUUGACAUCCUGGGAUCCACGAUUAAUUUUAAUCCAGGUGACGUUGUUAUGAUGCGUCCUUGCAACGCAAUCGAAGAUGUUGAGGAACUAUGUCAACUCUUGAGAUUAGACCCAGAGGCCAAAUUCUCUCUUAAAGCAACAGAUGGCUCUACAGUUCCUGCAAGGCUUCAGCAACCAUGGACAUUGCAUUAUCUGGUGGAGAGUUACCUGGACAUCGCAGCCGUGCCUCGUCGCUCCUUUUUUGAAUUGCUUUCUACCUUCUCAAAUGACAAGUUGGAGCGUGAAAAGCUGGUUGAGUUCAGCUCAGCAGAAGGUCAGGAGGAACUGCACAUUUACUGCAACCGGCCCCGGCGCACUGCACUCGAGGUCUUGGCAGACUUCCCCCACACAACAGCAAAACUUAAGGUCGACUAUCUGCUGGAUCUUUUCCCUGAGAUCCAGCCCCGCUCAUUUUCCAUCGCCUCGUCUCUCAGGGCUCUUUCAAACAGGCUCCAGAUCCUGGUAGCUGUGGUCAAAUACAAAACCAAACUGUUUAAACCACGAAGAGGACUCUGUUCCACCUGGUUGGCUUCCCUUGACCCCACAAAAGAAGAUGUUUAUGUGCCUCUCUGGGUAAAGAAGGGAACGCUUAGGUUUCCCACAGAACCAAACACCCCUGUCAUCAUGGUUGGGCCAGGAACAGGAGUAGCGCCUUUCAGGUCAGCUUUACAAGAGAGGACUGCUGAGGGUAAAAAUGCCAAUGUGCUUUUUUUUGGUUGUCGAUCUGAGUCCAAAGACUUCUACUUCAGGUGUGAGUGGAAGGAGAUGACGAAAGCUGGAAAGUUGAUCCUUUUCACAGCCUUCUCUCGCGACCAGGAAGAAAAAGUCUAUGUGCAGCAGCGUGUGCGAGAGAACGCAACACUCAUUUGGGACCUGAUUGCAAAUAAAGGUGCCUACUUCUACAUCGCUGGAAAUGCAAAAGACAUGCCAAGUGGUGUGUGUGACGCGCUGAAAUUGGUGUUCCAAAAGGAAGGAGGCCUUUCACCUGAGGAUGCAGAGAAGAUGCUGGCGGCCAUGGAAAGUUCUGGAAAAUCCCAGAAUGAGACCUGGUCAUGAUCGGCAUUCAAAUAUCAGAGCAGCAUGUGCUAUACUGUGCUGUCGACACCAUCAUUUCUCUAGAGACUUUAUCAUGCGUAUAUAUUGAUUUUUAAG